CGCAAAGGGGCGCAAAGAGGACCCCAGCUGAUCUCAGACCCUGGAGCAGUAGCCACGGAGACAUCGAUCAGCACCCAGCAGCAGGGCUGUUGAUACACCAAUCCCAAUAACCACAACAACAACCAUGGGCAUCGAGCAACAGGGGAGGACGCCGCUGAUGGUGGCGAUGCCGGUGAUGCUGCUGAUGAUCCUGGCGAUGAUGGCCGUACCGUGCCAAGCCAAGGCCUUCACGCAGAGAUCCUUCCUCGACUUCAUCUCGGGGGCGGAAGCCUUCCAGGGGGACGACGGCUCUGCCGAGGGGGCGCUCAUUCCCGCGAAGCCCCCCGUGAAGCCCCCCGUGAAGCCCCCCGUGAAGCCCCCCACAAAGUUCCCCGUGCGGCCCGCCGUGGUGCCCACGUUGCUGCCCCCGAUCUACGAACCCGAUGGAGGCCCCUCCGACUUCCCGUGUCCCUUCGGGUGCAUGUGCCAAGUCAAGGUCAUGCACUGCUCCGGCGUGGGCCUGAAGAAGGUUCCUACGAACCUGUCCCCGGAUCUGCUUAUCCUGGAUCUGCAGAACAACAAGAUCAGCGAGUUGCGUGACGGGGACUUCGACGGACUCAAAGUCCUCCAGGUGCUGAUCCUGGCGGGUAACAAUAUCGAGUCGGUAUCAGCGGGCGUGCUGGCGCCGCUGGCAAGCCUCGAGCGCCUCCACUUGUCGCGCAACCGCCUGGCCGUGGUGCCCCCGGCGCUGCCCCCCACGCUGCUCGAGCUGCGCCUGCACGAGAACCGCAUCGCAGCAGUCGGAGCCAACGCACUCGCAGGGCUCUCCAGCCUCAUCUGCUUCAUCGUGAGCGGGAACCCUCUGGGCAACUCGGGCAUGGCGAGUGGGAGCCUUUCGGGCCUGCGCAGCCUGGCUUAUCUGCGGGCCAGCGAGUGCAAUCUCACGGCCGUGCCACAGGGACUUCCACCGCAGCUGCAGGAGCUCUACCUGGACUCCAACGCCAUCAAUACAGUGAGGAAGGACGACCUCAAGGGCCUGACCAAACUCACCAGGUUGGGCCUGAGUGACAAUGCGGUAAAGUCGGUGGAGGCCGGGGCUCUGGAUCUCUCCUCACUGCGGGAGCUCCACCUCGACCACAACGAGCUCAGAAGCGUGCCACCGGGCUUCCCCGCACUCAAGCGCCUGCAGGUGAUCUUCCUGCACGACAACAAGAUCGCGUCCGUCUUCAACGACUCGUUCUGCCCGCCAGUGUUCAACCCCAAGAAGGCGCUUUACACCUCCAUCAGCCUCUUUGGCAAUGCGCUGCGCCCCUGGGAGGUGCCGGCCACUGCCUUUAGCUGCGUUAGCGGACGCGCCGCCCUGCACCUGGGCAACUACCGCAAGUGAUCGACCACGACAGCGCCAGCGCGGCGCUUGUGCUAGCGCAGCAACAACACCAGCAGUAGUAGCAGCAGUAGCAGCAGUAGCACCAGCACCAGCAGUAGCACCAGCAGCAGUAGCAGCAGUAGCACCAGCAGUAGCACCAGCAGUAACACCAGCAGUAGCAGCAGUAGCACCAGCAACACUAAAAUCAGUAUCACCAUCAGCAUUAGCACCAGGAGUACUAACAGCUGUAGCACCAACAGGUAUAGCACCAGCAGUAACAUUAACACCCUUACCAUCACCAGCACUAGCUGGUGAGCUAGCAAGCAGCCAAUGACACCGGAAGCACGAGCAGCCGAAGCACAGACGGCAGGAUCACUCGCAGCAUCCAGCAGUCGUGGGCACCAGCGGUACUGGAAGAUCACCGGAAGAACGGAUAGAACGAGCAGCGUCAGCAGUGCAUCGGCACUAGCAGCACCGGCAGAAACAGCAGCACGAGCGGCGGGCACUCGCUGUGCAUGCGUUGCGUAACCGGCCUGAGCCUAUACCCUGCCAUCUGAGCGCGAGCCCACCGUCCCACCAACCGACCGACUGCUGGACGGACAGGCAGACAGACAGACAAGGCAGACAGACAGACAAGGCACAGACAAGGCAGACAGACAAGGCACAGACAAGGCAGACAGACAAAGCAGACAGACGGACAGACACAGCAAGAUAGAAAAGUAGCGACGUGGACAUACUGACAGAGGCCAACAGAUAAAGGUCCCCCGUGUAGCCUUAACAUACCGUUGGGGCAAGUGCUGUUAGCGAGCACCGGCACAUGAAACACCACGCCCGGCCCCCUUUGCCACCCCAGUGGCGAUGUUUACACCCAUUGCUCCAGGUACUCAUUUGAGUCAAACUAGAAGGGAGGCCCAGUUAGCGGGGUUCAGAUAACCACCGCGGGUAUCAAUGGCCAUGAGCGGGAAUCGAACUCGGGUAGCCAGGGUUCGUAGCGCAGCACCAGUGGCACUCACUCCCCUGUCACACCGCAGACAAGAGAGACAGAAUAGACACAUGGGCGCGUGCAAGCAGACAGACAGGUGGACCAGACAGAUAGAUGGACCAGACAGACAGACGGACCAGACAGACACCGAGGCCAGCAUAGAGACGUGCGGACGUACAGACGGGCAGAUGCAGGGAUCGUCCAGAGCUGUACCUCCUGUGUGCGUAGCGGAAUCGCCGUUACCUGCCACCUGGAACCCGUUCUAUUAAAGG